AUGUCGUCGAACGAGCCCUCUAAGACGUCCGCCUACGGAGACAAGGCCAUGGGCGCCGUGAAGGAGAACGCCGGCUGGGCCAUGGGCAACAAGCAGAUGGAGACCGAGGGCAAGGCCCAGGGCGCCAAGGGCGACGCCCAGCUCGAGGCCGCCAGGGCCGAACAGAAGGCCAUCGGCGAGAAGGACAAGCUCAAGGGCAACAUCAAGGAGACCGCCGGCAACCUUCUCGGCAAUGAGCAGUGGCAGGCCGAGGGCAAGGGCGAUCGUCUCAAGGGCGAAGCUCGCGAGAAGAUGAACAUCUAA